AUGGCGGCGGCGACGGUGGUUCCGGCGACGACAGUGGUUCCGGCGACGGCGUCGCUCUACGUUGGAGACCUGCACCCUGAUGUGGUAGACAGCGAGCUGUUCGAGGCGUUCUCGGAGUUCAAGAGCAUCGCCUCCGUUCGAAUCUGCAAAGACUCUGCCACAGGGAGGUCACUCUGUUACGGUUACGUCAACUUCAUUUCUCACCAAGACGCAAGUCGUGCAAUUGAGUUGAAGAAUCAUUCUUUACUACAUGGAAAAGUGAUAAGGGUCAUGUGGUCUCGUCGCGAUCCUGAUGUGAGAAAAAGUGGCAGAGGGAAUGUUUUUGUUAAGAACUUAGCUGAAUCCAUAGAUAAUGCGGGAUUACAUGAUUUAUUUCAAAAGUUUGGAAAUAUCUUGUCCAGCAAAGUUGUGAUGUCGGAGGAUGGGAAGAGCAAAGGGUAUGGCUUUGUUCAAUUUGAGUCAGAGGAAUCUGCAAAUGCUGCCAUCGAGAAGUUGAAUGGCAUUACUGUUAAAGAUAAGCAGAUAUAUGUUGGGAAUUUUGUGAAAAAGAGUGAACGCAUACUGCCUGAUCCUGAAGCCAAAUAUACAAAUAUAUACAUCAAGAAUUUGGACCCAGAUAUUACGGAAGAACUCCUUCAGAAGAAGUUUUCUUCUUUUGGAAAAAUUAUGAGCCUGGCUAUAGCAAAAGAUGCCAAUGGGAUGUCAAAGGGUUUUGCAUUUGUGAACUAUGAUAACCCAGAGGAAGCUAAACAGGCAAUGGAAGCAAUGAAUGGAUCACAAUUUGGUUCAAAGAUUCUAUAUGUAGCCAGGGCACAAAAGAAGGCUGAGCGUGAGCAGAUCUUGCAUCAUCUGUUUGAAGAGAAACGUAAGGAACACAUCUUGAAAUACAAGGGAUCAAACAUUUAUGUGAAGAACAUUAAUGAUAGUGUCACUGAUGACCAACUACGAGAGCACUUCAGUGCAUGUGGCACAAUUACAUCUGCUAAAGUCAUGCAAGAUGAGAAAGGUGUAAGCAAGGGGUUUGGCUUUGUCUGCUUCUCUACCCCUGAGGAGGCUCAUAAAGCAGUGAACACUUUUCAUGGAUGCAUGUUCCAUGGUAAACCACUAUAUGUUGCUCUUGCCCAGAGGAAAGAGGAUAGGCAAACACAGUUGCAGCUCUACUUUUCUCAGCAAUUACCAGGGCUAGGUGCACCUUCAAAUGCAGUUAUUCCUGGUGGAUAUCCUCGUUUCUACUAUACUGGUGGUGUUCUUUCACAUGUCCCUUCUCAACCUGGGAUGAUGUAUCAACAUCUUGGAUCGAGGUCAGGUUGGAGGGCUAAUAAUGCUUUUGCACCUCCCACUAGAUCAUUUCAGCAGUCUGCAGCUCCUAACGUUUCAAACAAUACUAGGCAGCAUAGGCAAAACAGAGGUAGGAUGAACGGACACACAAAUUCACAUGGAAAAGCAUACUCUUCUCAGUCAGCAGCCUCUUCUAAAGACUCAAGUGCCCAGCAGUCUGGACAGGCUAUUUUUGUUCUCGGUGGACACCGGAAUGUGAUGGAAAAAGGAUCUGGAAUUUCAUCCUCUGGAGGGUCUCAGGGAUCAGAAAUGCUGCAUAGUAUGCUUGCUACUGCUGUCCCCGAGCAACAGAAACAGAUACUUGGCGAGCGUCUUUUCCCACUUAUCAAGAAACUCAAGCCUAACUUGGCAUCAAAGAUUACAGGAAUGCUUUUGGAGAUGGACAAUGCAGAAUUGCUGCUGCUCCUGGAAUCACCGGAAUCACUUUCUGCAAAGGUGGAGGAAGCUGUGCAAGUGCUUAAGAAUUCCACCACCAAGGUUUCUGGGCAGGAAGCAUUUCAUCCGAACUUGCUUUCGGCCGAAGUUACCGUUAACUGAAGAUUUUAGCCGGAGAUGAAUACCUGUUUGAAGCUUUGAUCAUGAUGUUGUUAAAGCUUCCAAAAAACUCUUACAUCUAAUCCUGUGAUACAAGAUUUUUUACUUCUAUGAUCCUUAAGAGCUUAGAACUUCUAUGUUUUCUUGCCAUUUUA